CUUCUUCAUGACGUCAUUACGUCAUCGUUUAGGUUUAGCCGCGUUCGUUGAAGUGUCCACUUUGGCGGGAUUGAAAGCUCAUUGAGGCCUGCUUCCUUGUUUCGCUGGCACCAUGCAGUUUAUUAACAGAAAAAAGAGGCUUGUUCCAAACCCCAAGACUGAGCUGUAUGCACAGCCUUUGCAGUUCUAUGGACAGCCUCCUCUGGAAAACAUCUCACUCUCUGAAUUUGAGAGUUUUGCUGUUGACAGACUGAAAUUACUGAAGACGGUGGAGAAUCUAGGAGUGAGUUAUGUGAAACAUUCAGAGCAAUACUCAAAGAAAAUGGAAGCUGAGUUUAAAACACUGAACUUCCCAUACAGGACAGAAGAUGGGGCAGAGAAACGACGAAAAGACCACAUCUCACACUUCAUUCUGAGGCUGGCCUACUGUCAGACUGAAGAUCUAAGACGCUGGUUUAUUCAACAAGAGGUUGAUCUCUUCAGAUACCGCUUUAAUGACCUAACUAGCAAACAGAAAUUGGACUUUCUUCACAAAAACAAUCUCCAGUACAAUACAAUUAGUGUCCAGGAGAAGAAUCAACUGAAGGAGAAACUUCUUAACUCCAGUUACAUCGUCAGUGGAGUCACUUUGGAGAAUGAGGACUUCUACAAAGUUCCUUUUCAGGAUGCCCUUGACCUGGUGCGUGCAAGGAAAGUGUACCUGAAGGACGGCUAUGCAUUCAUUCCUCAUAAUGAUAUCGUCACCAUUGUUCUCAAUGAUUUCCGCACAAGGCUUUCUAAAGCUCUUGCACUGACAGCACGCUCUCUACCAGCAGUGCAUUCUGAUGAACGCCUCCAACCGCUUCUUAACCACCUCAGCCAUUCGUAUUUGGGACAGGAUUACAGCAUCCAAAAGAAUGUUGGGAAAAUCUCCUUAGAGCAAAUUGAUUCACUUGCAGGAAAGUCCUUCCCGCUCUGUAUGAGGCAGCUUCACCAGGCCCUCAGGGAGAACCACCACCUUCGCCACGGAGGCAGAAUGCAGUAUGGUCUCUUCCUGAAAGGCAUCGGCCUCUCUCUGGAACAGGCGCUGCAGUUCUGGAGGAUGGAGUUCAUACGAGGAAAAGUGGAUGCAGACAAGUUUGAUAAAGCAUAUGCCUACGGCAUCCGCCACAUGUUUGGCAAAGAAGGCAAGCGAGCAGACUACACUCCCUACAGCUGCAUGAAGGUGAUUUUAUCAAACCCACCCGGCCAAGGCGACUAUCAUGGAUGUCCGUUCCGUCACAGUGACCCAGAGCUGCUGAAACAGAAGCUUCAGUUCUACAAAGUGUCUCCCAGUGGAGUAAACCAGAUCCUGGAGCUGGUCAAAGGAAUGCAUUAUCAGCUGGCGUGCCAGAAAUACUUUGAGUUGACCCACAAUAUUGAGGAUAGUGCUUUCUCUCUCAGCCACCCCAACCAGUACUUCAUAGAGAGCCAGAAAGUUUUGGGUGGAGGGAAGGAGAUGAAGCGAGAAACGGACACAUCGCAGAGGUCACAAGAAAACCCUGCCACCAGAGGAUCCUCCGCCGCUCCAGACCCAGAGGUGAUUGAAUCCCAACAUCUGGCUGAGAUGACGGAGAACCUGGAGACUUUCUUUGAAGAUGCUUGAUUUUUUUUUUUUUUGUCCUGAUUGUCUCUUGUGUAACGCUCAGAGCUCUUACUGACCUUAAUCUGUAUCAUUGGACUUGUUGAGUAAUAAAGUAACAAAUAAAGAAUUGUUUAAUUCUUUUUUGACUGGUCUGAAAAAUUUACAUGUUUUUGCAAAUAAUACCAACAAACCUCAGCAGCUACAAACUGAAAAGUAGUUUGUGGGAAAUAUGCUGGUGAAGAUCCUGUCAUCCAGGUCAUAGUCAUUCCAAAAAAGUAAAAAAAAAAAAUAUUUUGUGGGAAUUUAUGUAAUUGACCAGAAAACAUGAAAAUGAUGUUUUACAUUUGAGAGAAAAUAGAAAUCUGUUAUGAGAAAUAACUACUUUUAAGCCUAUAUUUUUGCUAAAAGUGUUGGAUGUGUUUUACCAGCUUCUCAUACAUACUGAGCCACUUCCCCAUUCUUCACAAAAAGAUAACUUUCACUCAAACAAAUUUGAUGGAAAAUAAACUGAAAUUGACUUUAAAUUUCUGUAGCUACCAUCAACUUUGCCCAGCCUUCCCCUUGCCAUGGGAAAACAACCUUCCCAUAGAAUUAUACUGCCACCACCAUGUUUCUCUGUAAAGUAGGUGUGUUCUUAGUCGGAUUUGUACGAGGCAUUUUCUACCCAGGCCAGAUUUGUGAAGUUAUGCAACCAGUUUAGAGGUGGAUCUCUGCAGCUCCUCCAGAGUUGCCAUACAAUUUGUUCUUUAACCUCUCCUUUUCCUGACUGUCAGUUUAGAUUGAGAGCCCAGGUCUUAGUGUUUAAAGCUGGUCAAUACCCUUUUCAUCGCUUUUUAUAACAAAUUGAUAAUAAACCUUUCUUUUAUGUUAU